AAUUUUAGGAAUUUCCAGUUGUAGCUGCCAAAAUGGCGGCUUCUCAUCCAAGCGAGGAGCACCGGCCUUUGAAAAAACCAAGGCUUGGCCCUCCCGAUGUCUACCCACAAGUUCCAAAACAAAAAGAAGAUGAACUUGAUCAAGCCAGUGUCAAGCAUGGGUUCAGCAACCAGUCACCGUUCUCUGAUGAGUAUGGAUCGGAGAAAAAUGCUGACAUCAAUCUGGAUAAGUUCGGGACUCAGUUCAGCUCCAUCAUCACCAAGAAGAUGGAGAUCAACACAUUACAAGACUCGAAGAAAAGACAGCAACCGCCGAUGAAGGACAAUUUCUGGCCGGCUGCAAGAAACAAGAUUGCCAUGGAGGCGUGGUUCAAGGAUCUUUCAGGAAACAAACCACUUGCACACCUCAGUAAAAAGGUCCCCACCUUCAACAAGAAGGAGGAGACGUUCACAACGCUGUGUGACUUCGCUGUUCCCAUGGUGCGAGCAGCCUGGUACAUCAAGAUGACCACAGCACACAACAUGGCCUCAAAUGAAACUCGGAGGAAGAAACAAGCCCCGGAUCUGUCCCUAGCAUGGACACAGGCGAUCACCAAGUUCCUGUAUGAGCAACUACAGAAGAUUCAAGAUGCAUAUGGUGGCGGUGGCGCCCCUCAGACCAGCUUCCUCACAGCAACACAGCCCCCGGCGCAGGUCGACCUGGAGCCCGCUCUCAAACACUUCCACUACACGUGCCGCUUGGCUAAACACAAGUUUAACGAGGGUCUUCUGGACCACCAGGAGUUCCUCAACUGGCUCAUCGAGCUCCUGGACAAGAUCAAACAGAAUGAUGACACGGUUCUCAAACUCAUCCUAGCUCAGAUUGUUCAGUACCUGGAUGAGGUGACACUGUCUGCACUGUUGUCACGGAAACUGGCAUACUUCUGUAGUCGGAAGCUGGCCCAGCUGUGCAGUGAGUCGGGCUGCACCUCGCCCCGCACACAGUCCCCCAUGCUGACUACUAAUGGCAAUGGAACCAUCACUACAACUAGCACCAACCAGUACAUCGCCAGUCCCAUGGCAGUGAUGUUUGCCGAGCUCAGUGGCUGCCCUCAACACCGGAGCCUCAUUCUGAACCUGUCGGCCAUCCUCCAGCGCCUCACACUGAAGUGCCCCACGGGCAUUAUAUGGAAUAACCUGGGGGAGGGAAAGAUCACAUCCUUCCUGUGUGGGUCCCCCUUGGACCAUCUUGUGUGUGCCCCCUCUAGUCUGCCCAUGCUGCCCGGCCCACACAAUCAACAGAUCCGUGCCCAGAUCCGAGCCUCGGAACACCAGAUCAAACUGCGGGGGAAGGGAGCCGAGGUGCGGUGGUCAUCAGACAAGUGUCAACAAUCGGCCAAAGGUUUUGUGAUCAGCAAAGUCCUCCAUGUACUGGAUAACCUGGACAAACACCACUUUGACAAGGUCGACGUCAACAACUCAUUUGAUGUCCUCUACCAGAAAAUAUUCUCCAUCAACCAAACCAAAGAUGGCAAUGAGCCAAUGUUGGGAGACGAGCCUAUCAUCAAGCUGCUCAUUGACUGGGCAGUGACGACACAACGCACAGGGGAUCAUAGGUCUGUGGUCGCAGCUAAGCUGCUGGAACGCAGGCAGAAUGAGCUCAGAGCAGAGAAGUAUGGUGAUACCGACAUGAUGGAGGACAAGGAUUCGAUCGGCUCGGACCAGAUGAUUCCCCCGGGGCUGCCUGCCUUCCAGUCCCUGCUGAUGGAGUUCCUCGACACCCAGGCCCCAGUGCUAGAUGAAAAUCCAACUGAAGAAAACAAGCAAGCAUUCCGGAACCUGAUUCACCUGUUCUCUGAGCUGAUUCGCCAUGACGUGUUUUCCCACGAUGCCUACAUGUGUACACUGAUCUCCCGUGGCGACCUCCUGUCUUCCCCCGCUGUCAUGAUGCCCUCUGCAGACAGCGUGGACCUCCCUAGCAUCAAGAGUCAGAACGAGAGCAUCAAGCAUGAGCAUCAAGAUGACAUCAAGGUGGACAUGGACAUUGGGGCGCUGAUGGACACAGACUUCAACACUCUGUUUGGCUCAGUCAAGGAUGAACAAAAGUCCAGCCCAGAGCCACCAGCAUCCGUGAAGUCUGUGAAGUCGGAGAAGGAUCACACCCUCCAGCACAGCGAUGCCCUGCCCACAGUCUCAGCCCCCAAGGGUCCGUCACGGCACAUGCUGUUUGCCACCCACUUCCCCAUUCCACAAGAUGAAUAUUCAAGCCACGAGUGCAACCAGAGACUCAUCGUCCUGUACGGUGUCGGCAAGCCCCGCGAUGAGGCGCGACAUGUCCUGAAGAAAAUCUCCAAGGAGGUAGUGAAGCUGUAUAGCAAGAGGAACUGUAUUGAUGUCAGCAGUGGCGACCUUGGCAAGGUGAAGAAGAAGAAAGAAAAGGAAGGGGAGGCAACUGCUGCAGCAUCUGUGUCUGUGGUGCUGCCAAACUACGAGGGCAUCUUCCAGAAGUUCCAGAAGCUGUCCUACUACGACCAGCACUCUGUCACAGAGCAGUGCUGUGCUGCUGUCAUAGAGCAGAUCAACAGCUUUGUGUCGGGCAGCUCCAGUUAUCUCCCCUUGGUGGACAAUAUCUCCUAUUUAUUUGACCUGAUGGAAUACUCCCUGAAUAUCAAUGGUCUCAUUGAGUUUAUAUGCCAGAUGUUGAAGGAGAUGACGGAGGUGGAGUUGCAGCUGAAGAAGAACAAGUCGUCCCUGGCGGGGACGUUCACGACGUCGCUGGGGCUAUGUAUUGUCAGUGUGCUCCGCCAGUAUCACACCUAUGUCUUGGUGUCGCAGGAUCUCACAUCACAGGCAUUUGAGUAUCUGUUCCUGCUGUGGAAGACGGUGGACUCCAGUAACCCGGGGGAGUGUAUGUCCGCCAAGCGCUGCGUCAUCUCCUACCUCUGUGAUGUCUACUCUGCGUGUGCGUUCCUCAAGUCUCGUUUCUCUGAGAUGUUCAGCUCGGCUCACUCCCAAGUGAAGCAGACGAUCCACGUGUCCGUGACUCCGUCAGCCUCCAACCUGCGCUGGGACCCUGCCUUCAUGAUAGAGCUCAUCAGUACAGGAAAGUCGCAGCCGGACCCACAGGUGGUGAAGCAGCUGAGUGAGAAUCCCCCCAACAGAUACAGCUUUGUCUGCAAUGCCACCCUCAACAUCUGUAACUCACAGCUCCCUGAGAGGUUGAAUGAGAUCUCCCUGUUGUGUGCGGAGCUGACAGCUCGGUGUAAUCCCCUCAGCUCGGAGUGGCUGGGAGUUCUCAAGGCUCUGUGUUGUUCCUCCAUGCACAGCAGUGGCUUCAUAGAUGUCCUCACACAGAUAGAUGUGAGUGACCUGUCAAUACACGACUCCCUGGCUGUGUUCACGGCGAUCCUGAUUGCCCGCCAGUGUUUCUCCCUGCAGGACCUAGUGGUGCAUGUUGCGCUGCCCUCCCUCCUGGCUGCCUGCCCUUCAGCUGGCGGGGACCAGGAUGCAGAGCCAGGAGCGCGACUCACCUGUCACCUUCUCCUGAGGCUCUUCAAGACCCACGAUCUAGUCCUGCCACAGCCCAGCUAUGGGGGCGGGGUACGUAACCCGCCCAUGAUCAAGGCAUCGUGUGACCAGCAUCUCCUGGAGGCCUCGCAUGACAGCAUCACCAUCGGCCCUGUCAUGGCAGUACUUAAGGCCAUGCUUGUGAUGGGUGAUUCAUGCAAUGAUGAGUCAAAAUCCAAGUCAGCGUCCAACUCCAACUCCAAGGACAAGGGGGACGACAUCAUCCAGACAUUGCUGCGAGGACUGGACGAUGAUGUUGACAUGGACAUGGUGCUAGGUGCCCCAUCGAAGAGCACAAAGACAGGCAUGGAGAGCGCUGGGCUGAGCGAGUUCUCGAAGCACGCCCUGAAGGAGAUGUGUGACCAGACCUGGGUGCAGGAGAAGUUCCUCAAAGACCCGGAGCGCCUGUUUGACGGGGACACUCUCAUAGACCCCAUGCUCACCAACAAACAGGCCCAGCAGCUGCUACAGAUGAUCUGCUACCCCAAGGGUGUCCCCAACCAGGUGGAGGGCUGCGAGCCAGACAACAAGCAGGUCAUCCUCCGGAUCCUCGAGACACUUGACCAGUGGUCACUGCGUGUGUCCUGGCUGGAGGUGCAGCUCAUGUUCAAGCAGGCCACAACACAAACAGAGACCAACAACAUCCUAGACAACAUAGCGAAGGGUACGAUAGACUUGUUCCACCAGCAGACCGAGUACAGCAAGUCCUCGGCAGGAUCAGCUUCACCACAAGAAAGCAACAAACUUGAGGUUGACAAGGACAGUGUGUGGCUGGUGGCCCCACUCAUCUCCAAGCUGCCCAACACAAUCCAGGGGAGAGUCCUCAAGCUGGCUGGCCAGGUGUUAGAGAGCGGCAACGACUUUGUGACCAUGAAAAGUAAGAUGGACAAGGAGAAGAACCAGAAAAGCAAGUCCCUGCUCGGUCACCAGCCCUUCCUGUCUCUGGUGCUCACGUGUCUCAAGGGCCAGGACGAGCAGCGGGAAGGGCUCCUCAACUCCCUACACAGUCAGCUGGAGAAGUUCAUCAACAACACCAGAGAACUACUGGACAAAUACCCAGAUGAAACAAAAAUCCGACAGAAUAUUCAUGAAUCUCUGCAGCUGCGUCUCUCACUGGUUGGGGGGAUGUUCGACACCAUCCAGCGCAACAACACUAACACCACAGACUGGGCCAUGCUGUUAGUGCAGCUCAUCAGCCACGAUGUGGUGGACAUACAAACCAACAAUGAGUUGUUCAUGACGAUCAUUGACAUGUUGUCUGUGCUGAUACAUGGAACACUGCUGCCGGACGGCUCCGACAAGGCCGAUGACAACACCAAGACAUACAACAUCCUCACUAAGAAACUCAGGAGAGAGAUAGCAGACAAGCACACAGACUGCACGGACUCACUGCGCCUCCUGUUGCCACUCCACAAGAAGAUGUACGAGGUGAUCACAUGUGAGUCCCAUGGUAGUCUGGUCGACAGCAAGGGCAACAAGAUAACUGGCUUCGACUCCAUCGGGAAGAAACAGAAACUGGAUAUGAGAGUGUUAUUUCAGGGCCUGCAAGUAGCGCAGAAGGUGCCGAUCAGUCCAUGGGAUGUGAUCGAGGGCUACAAGAACCCGGCUCCUAUCUCGUGGUCCUACUUCAGCGCUGUUAGGUUAGAGCGCAAGCCUCUCAAGUAUGAGGAUCAGCACCGGCUGCUGCUGUACCACACCCACUCCAUGAAGAGGCCCAACAGCUACUACCUGGAGGCUCCCAGCCUCCCACCAGAGGACCUUGAACCCCCACCAGAGAAAGUGGAAGAAAAGUCGAUAGACAAGAAUGAGAGCAACAAUCAGGAAGGUGUCAAGAAACAGAAAAGUCAGCGACGGAGACGCCAGCCCAAGCCCUCAACGAUACAGCCGCCAGUGCGACCCUACCCCUACCAGGAGACGAUGUACCAGCCGAGCGGCCCCCACCCAACCUGGAUGACUCCACCCCAGGCUCAACCCUCCUAUGGCUACUCCUCCCAACCCAUGCCGGGCCCAGGAGACUACACAAAUCGACAACGAUUUCCUGGCAACGCCAGCAGCUCGAAGUUCCUCCUGAACAGUAUGCUACGGCAGCGGUCCACCCACCCGCAGCAGGGGCAGUACGGGAUGCAGCAGAACCCCAUGAAUCCCAUGAUGAUCCAGAAGCAUCAGCAGCAUCAGUACAUCCGCCAGCAGAUCCUGCAGAAACAACGCAUGUAUGGCGGCAACAACAUCAGCAACAGCUCCAUGCACCCUAUGCCAGGUGAGGGGGCCAUGGUCGCUUCCACCGCUGACAGCAAUAUCACAGCUGCAUCACGGUGGCCUGGGAGGGGGAUGCCCCAGAAUUACCCAGGAGCACCCUAUGGGUCGAUGCCACAGCAGCAGCAGCAGCAGCAGCAGCAGCAGCCACCUCAGCAGCAGGGUCCUUCCCGGAUGAUGGACCCGAUUGGGGGCAACAUGAUGCAGAGCUACAACCAGCAGUACCAGGACUCGGGGAACACCCCCAGCAUGAUGCAGCCGGCCAUGCAGCAGCAGGGAUACAUCGCCCAGCAACCCAUGCAGCAGGCCCAGCCACAGUACCCACCCACUCAGAGGAUGCAGCCCCCCAUGGCCAACAUGAACUCCGGCAUGGCCAGCAUGUCCGGCUACAACCAGAUGGGCCCUGCCGCGCCACAGCAGCAACAGUCAUCCUACAUGACACCGCAGCAGCAACAGCGCUACCAGCAGAUGAGGCAACAACAACAGCAGCAGCAGAUGAUGCAGAUGCAGCAGCAACCCCAGCCGCAGAUGUCACAGUCGUCAAUUCCGACGCAGCAGCAACAGGCGACAGCCGCACUGGUGGCUCAGCUACAGCGACAGAUGUCUGGGGGGAAUAACAUGCAGGGCCAACAGGGGCAGCAGUAUCAACAGCAGUAUCAACAGCAGUACCAGGUGUAGGCUGCGGUGACCAGCUGUACAGAAUGUCAACAUAGAACAGUAUCAACAGCAGUACCAGGUGUAGGCUGGGGUGACCAGCUGUACAGAAUGUCAACAUAGAACAGUAUCAACAGUAGAACAAAGUAUAUACACCAACUUGAGAAUGCACAAAUGUUAUAAGUAACAACUUGCUCAUGAUACAUCCAGCAUGGAAAAUCAACAGCACAGUUCUGAAUAUCCACAACAGCAUUGUCUAUCAACAACACAUAUGUCACAAGAGCCAAAUAUGGAGAUAUAGGACAUGUGUUGUGAAGCAGAAGAAUCAAUACCAACAAGUGCUGUGUGAUACAGCUUGUACUCCCAGUGCUGCAGAGGAAGCUGGAGCCAAGUUGAGAUGCAGUGAUGGCCGACCCCAAGGCCACAGUAGACAAUGUUGUUGGGAGGCUGUUGGUAUGGCUGGUGUUGUGUGUGUUCUGUCGGAAUGUCAUGUUGACGUACUACAGUGAACCAUGUGCAAUGUCUCCUGUCCUUCAUCAUGUCAUUGUCCAUCUGUCAUCAUCUGAUUGUUCAUGUCUUUGUUGUAUCAGUCAAACAACAAAUCAAACCCAGAGCAAUAACCCCUUGAAUAGGCAGAGUAAGAACCCUCCUCCACCCCAGUCCCCGUUGUUCUACAUGCAGGUCAACAUCAAACAUAGGCCAGCCUUAGUCAUUACUUGGAUCCCUCUGUAGGUAGGACGCUGUACCAGGACAAAUCAAUGAGAUUGCAAUCGCUCGGUCAAUAAAUCAAUUUAUUUUACUGUUACUGGUCAUACGAUUAGAGGAGCGGUGGGGUAGCUGAAGCCCCGGGUUUGAUUCCCCACAUGGGUACUAUGUGUGAAGCCCAUUUCUGGUGUCCACCGUGGUAUUGCUAAAAGCGGCGUAAAACCAUACCCACUCAUAUGAUUUGUGAAAACAAACAAGAUUUUUUUCUUAUCACUAUUCCAAGGAAUGACAAUGGCUUGCUUCACUGUUUCCUCAAUGAUACGCAUGGGAGAACAUACUAGUCUAAUAUCUGUUCUUUAUUGGCAUAACAAACAUUCUUGUUUACUUACAAUGCAUUUACUUGUACAUUUAAGAUGGAAAAGUAUGACAUUUUGUCUAGUAACUGUAAAUAAUUGCUUGUUCAGCUCGUCGUGUAUAGUUGUACUAUGUUAGAUUUGUACAGUUGUGUGUAUAGAUAUUGUGUCAUUUCUGCAUCAUUGUGCCCCUGGAUGGAGCUCACCCUCUCAUUAUUUAUUGUCAUGAAGCCGAGUGCUGGAUCAUGGAAUCACAUUUACAAUCAAACUGAAUCACGAUUCAAAUUCAUUGUAAAUAAAUUCAAGAACAAA